AUGGUCCAACAUAAACCACUCGACAGGUGCAAGGAUGUUUGGGAAGAGGAUAUUGACACGGGCGAGAUGGUCAAACUCCCUGGGCUUUGUCUCUAUACGCAGAGCACAGGCUUACCCUGCAAGCACGUGUUUGAUAGUCUCAUACGCGGAGUUAGAGUACAGCCUAUCAAACUGCACGAGAUACACAGUCAUUGGCAUCUCGUACACGAAAACCAACUGGUAGAAGAGGCGCAAGCGAUCGGGCAUUAUGUCCCCCGGAUCGUUACGAGGGAAACAGGCGACUUGGAACUACGAACAAGGGCAAACAUCGCUCCCCCAAUCGUCAAUCGAUACAUCCCUGUUGAUCGAGAGGCUCUUCCACCGAGGGCAGAAGAUGAUCCAACCAUUCUCGACCCCAUGAAGGCGGUACACGUGGGAAAAGAAAAAAAGAAAAAGAAGAAUGCUGUCGCGCCGAGCUAUCAACAGUCGCAUGGCUUGGCUGAAACACUAGCUCGUAUCGAUCCACCGGCUGCUGUCGAUACUCCUGUUGCCAAGACAGGCAGAGCCUAUUCUCGUCACGAGAACAUCAUCAAUCAAGAACGGGCUCGGACCUCGAGCGCACCUGCUACAACGGAUAGAGCUCCAGUCUCGUGCAGUGUGUGUGGGGGGCCACAUAACUACCGUUCACCCAAGUGCAAGCAAGGCCUGGCAAUUGUGCAAGCUGAGGUAUUAGCAGGAUCUGCUCGUCGAGCAGCAUCGCAACAAUCGAACAACGGUAGAGCGAUGAGCUCCCUUUCCAUUGAAAGAACUUCAGGAACCGAUGUCCACGAAAGGCAGGGGGACCUGAGCGUUGAUAUGCCACAAUUAGAUUUGAGUUUGAACGAUGUCUCAUACGACCACCGUCGUCAAGUCGAUGUGUUUCAACCCCUCAAUGCUGGAAUCUGCUCAUUUACGAUUCGAGGAAAUCCCCCUUUCACUUCAAUUCACCUUUAUUCACCUACUCUUCAAUUCGGGACUCGUACUCGGACUUGGAAUAAGUGGGAUUCAUUCUCUUGUUUACUUUUCAAACUCAUUUUUGCAACCAUGAACGACCUCGACUCUGAUGAAGAACUCCAGGUGGUCUCGAAGGCGGACAAGGCCCUCUUGAACGCCCAGCAUCAGAUUCAGGCUCAGAACGAAGAGCUCGCAAAACUCUUCCGUCUCGAAUAUCUCCUCGAAUGGCCGGAGAACCUGCCCCGUUCCGGUCUUAAAGCUCACCCGACCGGCUUCGUCUCGUUCGAGGAUUGGAUCGAUCAAUAUGUCGCGGCCAACAACGAGGCCCAACGUAUCGCCAAGGGGGGAAAGAAGGGAAUCGAUCAUUCCCCCUCCAAGAAGACUCGCAGGCAGAUCGUGUCGAAGGUCGACGGCGCGGAAAUUCCCUACCUUCCUAACGACAACACCAAGCCGGUCAUGCGUCUCAGCACUGGGGCGUACGUCGCCUGUCUUCAGAUCAAGGUCGACAAAGGCGGGGUGAAGAACGACAAGGCCGGGUGGAGGGACGACCAGACGAUCGCCGAGAUCAUCGUCGACGAGGAAGAACGCGCGGUUCUUCCGAUCUUCCCGCCCGUGGACUUGCUCAUGGCGUGGUUGAGGCCUAACCGAUCCGGGAAGGUCAACAUCAAGCCAAUCAACGGCUGGUUGGAUCAAUGGCGCGGUGGAUGGCAGGUCGCCUGCCUAGGUUGUUACCAAAGGGUGAUCGAGAAGAACGAGCCCCCUUCUUACAUCGACGAGAACCAGCUCGUCGUCAGCAACCCUGGUGUCGAUCCCGACAACAUCCACCGCCCCCUCGUCCACUGUGUCAAGUACGGCCCCGUCUUCCUCUGCCGAAAGAACCUUGGAUCGUCCGACGAACGCACUUGCGGCCAAUGCAAGGACAAGAAGGCCGUCUGCCACGCUCGGGACCCUCGUGUCGGGGACAUCGCCAACGACCCUGACGCUCAUCCGAUGAAGAGGAUCGACGCCGUCCUUGAGACGAUCUUUUCCCAAGGUCAAAUGACCAAGGAGGCUCGACAAGGACACGUCCUGCUCAUUCGUGAGCAGUUGAAGGCCAAUCUCUGUCACGCGGCUCGUGGUCACGACGGGAACCACCCUUUCGUCUCUCACAAGGAGCACAUCACCGGUUCCGACGACGAGAACUAG